GUUGCAUUGAUCGGAACCUCAUAUCGUCUCGGACAAAGAUGCAGCCUAACAGGCUGAACGUGCUCUGCCGAUAAGUUUAACAGUUACCUGAAGAGAGAGGACAAGAAGCAACCAACAGGUGGUUGUUUGCGGGCACUCUGCACUGUUGCGCACAAAAUUUCCAUUGCGCACCGCCACGAUGCUGUUACCGUCCGGCACCCUGUUACUGCUGGCGGCUCUUUACUCAAGUGUAGACCUGACAGGGGCUGAGGGCUGUGGAACAUCAUGUGGAAAAUGUGACUGCAGUGGUGUGAAAGGAGCAAAGGGUGAGCGUGGAUUUCCUGGUCUUCAAGGUAAUAUGGGAUUUCCAGGGAUGCAGGGACCUGAAGGGCCUCCAGGAUCAAUGGGCCCCACGGGAGGUCUGGGUGAACCUGGAGCUCCUGGACUAAAAGGAGUGCGGGGUCCUCCUGGUCUGCCAGGUUUCCCAGGAAACCCGGGACUACCAGGCAUCAAUGGAAAUGACGGCCCACCAGGUUCGCCAGGGAUUCCAGGAUGCAAUGGGACUAAAGGAGACAGAGGAAGGGAUGGCGCUCCUGGUUUUGUCGGUCUUCAAGGACCUCCUGGCAUUCCAGGAAUUUCUGGAAUGAAGGGUGACCCUGGUGGUGUGAUCGGAAUUGUUCCCCUGAAAGGAGACCAAGGAUUCCCUGGAACACCUGGAUUACCUGGAUCAAGCGGGACUCCUGGACCUAUUGGACCUCCUGGGCCUCGAGGCUAUCAAGGACCAAAAGGUGAUCCUGGGCCCCCUGGCCUCCCUGGAGAGAAGGGUGACAAGCUGGCCUUUGUGAGUGAAAAAGGAGACAAAGGUGACCAAGGAUUUCGUGGCCCACCUGGCCCUCCUGGACCUCCUGUACAUCCAUCAUUUGCAGAAGGCUCACCUACCACAGUUUACUUACCUGGACCACAGGGCGACAGAGGACUUCAGGGAGACAAAGGAGACAAAGGCCAGUGCAUCCCGCAUCUAGCUGGUGUCAAAGGUGAACCUGGCCCGCCUGGAGCAAGAGGUAAACCUGGAAAGGAUGGAGAGGACGGGCUGAAGGGAGAAAAAGGCUUCCCUGGAUCGUUUGGAUACACCGGUUCCCAGGGUGAAAAGGGAGAAAGAGGACCACCAGGUCAUGGUAGUGGUUCCCCUGGUCCUCCCGGUCCUCGUGGUCUCCCAGGGUUAAAUGGAGAAAAAGGUUUUGCUGGUCCUCAGGGAGAGGCAGGUCCGCCAGGACGGCACAUUGAAGGACCUCGAGGAGAGACGGGUCAGAAGGGAAAUGUUGGGGAGAAAGGAGACAGUGGUUUAGAAGGAGAGUCUCUUGUUGGACCUCCGGGACAACCAGGAAACACUGGACCACCUGGACCACCUGGACCACCGAUUGACCUUAAUGAAUGUAACAUUGAGAAAGGAGCUCCUGGCCCACCUGGACCCCCAGGGUUACAAGGGGAAUUGGGACAGAAGGGUGACAGAGGUGACACCUGUGUUCAAUGUGAAGGCUUCGGUCCACCUGGAUUACCUGGCCCCCAAGGCCCUAAAGGAGAUCGAGGACCUCCUGGGCUAGUAGGGGGGAAGGGAGAAAAGGGUGGAUUUGGCGCUCCUGGACAACCUGGUAGACCUGGUUCUGCAGGCGUCCCUGGGUUGAUUGGAGCCCCUGGUGCUGUUGGUGAGCCAGGGGACAUUUUUGCAGGUACCGGUCUGAAGGGGGAAAAAGGUCUGCCUGGUGUUCCUGGUUCCACAGGGCCGCCAGGGAGAGAUGGACAGCCAGGGAGAGAUGGCCUCCCAGGUAUACCUGGCUUCAAAGGAGAACCGGCCAAAGAGGGCAUCAAGGGUGAGCGUGGACCAGAUGGGGACCCUGGUAUAAUUGGGUCUCCAGGAGAGAGGGGUCCACCGGGCCUGCCAGGCUACGGGCGACCAGGAGAGCCUGGAGAGAAGGGCAGCCAGGGGAGACCAGGCAUUCCUGAUCCUGGACCAUCUGGUCUAAAAGGUGAGCCAGGCAAAAGUGUAAGCACUCCUGGACCUCAGGGAAUACCUGGACCACGCGGAGAAAACGGCAAACCUGGAGCUCAAGGCAUCAGAGGCCUGCAGGGAGACCCAGGGUUGCCGGGUUUCCCUGGACCAAAGGGGGAACACGGACCCUCUGGAAUUGGAUUCCCAGGCCCAACUGGCCGAAAGCCUGGCUCAAGAAUCAGUGGAAUUCCUGGAGCUCCAGGAUUACCAGGAGAGCCAGGAAGACCAGGACAGGAUGGCUUGACUGGAAAAUCUGGUACACCUGGACAAAAAGGUGAACCAGGGCGGGGUCUUCCAGGCCCGAAAGGUUCGCAGGGCCUCCCAGGAAUUACUGGUUUCCAGGGAGAAAAGGGUGGAGUUGGACUACCUGGUAUUCCUGGACAAGAAGGUCAGACAGGACCCCCAGGACCUCAGGGAGUCAAAGGUGAUUUAGGACCCCCGGGACCUCCGGGACUGGUUGGCUUACCAGGUGCUCCAGGAAAAGGUUCCCCCGGAGCCCCUGGGCCACAAGGACAAGCUGGAGAGCCUGGAUCAUACGGUAGGGAAGGUGUAAAGGGAGAAAAGGGCUACCCAGGUCCUCCUGGUCUGGACAUGCCGGGGCCUCAGGGAGAGAAGGGAACCCCCGGGUUCCCAGGAAGCCCAGGUCCUAAAGGACUGCCAGGGCCGCAAGGCCUACCAGGCCGGGACGGACCAAUUGGAAACCAAGGUUCUAAAGGGGAAAUGGGGGUCAUAGGGACACCAGGAGUACCAGGAUUUCCUGGACCACCUGGUACACCUGGAUCUCCUGGACCAAGAGGUGAUCCCGGCAUUACUGGACCAAGAGGCAAUGAUGGAGAGACUGGAGCUAAAGGAGAAAGGGGAGAUCGAGGUCUUCAGGGACCUCCUGGGAACAUGAGCGAAGUUGACAUGGAGCACAUGAAGGGGGAGAAGGGAGAUAUUGGAAAACCAGGUGACCCUGGGUUUGCUGGAGAGAAGGGCCACCGUGGACUUACUGGUGACCCUGGAAUGCCAGGCAAAGAUGGAGAGCCCGGAUUACCUGGACAACCAGGUGAGAAAGGAGACCCUGGUUUCCCCGGAGAGCCUGGUGGUAUGGGACAACCUGGACAGAAGGGCGCUGUAGGAGAGAUGGGAAUACCAGGUCCGUCUGGUCCAAAGGGUUCUAAAGGAGAUAUUGGUACACCAGGACAUCAUGGAUUCAGAGGCACAGAUGGACAGAAAGGAGACAAGGGAAUAGCUGGAGACCCAGGUAUUGGGCUCCCAGGACCUCCAGGAGAAAAGGGUCAGACAGGCCAGCCAGGAUUCCCAGGACAACCAGGAGAGAGGGGUCUGAAGGGUCUUGAGGGUAUGCCUGGCAAGCCAGGACUACAAGGAAUCAAGGGAGACAAAGGAACCAUCGGGUACUCAGGUCAGCCAGGUAGACCAGGUGAGAAGGGUGUGCCUGGGCUGCCGGGGUCUGAAGGAGAAAGAGGUCAAGACGGUCGGCCUGGUGAAGGGGGCUUGCAGGGACCUCCUGGUGUUCCAGGAGAAAAAGGAGAACCUGGAGUGGACGGCAUCCCUGGAUCCUCAGGGGAGAGAGGAGACACAGGUGCACCCGGCCGAGGUUUCCCCGGACCACCUGGAGUGCUUGGUGGCAAAGGUGACAAAGGUAGUCCUGGCUUCCCUGGCCCUCCUGGACAUCCAGGUGUCUCUGGUAUCAAAGGCGACAAGGGACUUCCAGGCUCACAGGGGGCCCAGGGUGAGACAGGAGAGAGGGGGCUCCCUGGUAUAUCUCUGGAGGGCCCUAAGGGAGAGAGGGGAGAAACAGGACAACCCGGAGAAGCAGGAUCCUCAGGAGUACCAGGACCCUCCGGUGUGCCAGGCAGAAAUGGACAAAAGGGAGACAAAGGAGACCAGGGUCUUCCUGGUUUCCAGGGAGAGUCGGGACAUAAGGGUGACCCUGGAGUUACUGGACUUCCUGGACAAUCUGGCCUUCCAGGUAUCGAUGGACAGAAGGGAGAGAGGGGAUUGCAGGGUGUCCCUGGCUUCCCAGGUACAAGAGGUAAUUUCGGGGACAUUGGAUUCAAAGGAGAAGUUGGAGACAGAGGAUUCCCAGGAGAAAAGGGCAAUGUAGGUCCCCCUGCCCCCGGCCCCAGCACCUUUAUCAAAGGAGACAUUGGGUUCCAAGGGCCUCAGGGCUUCCCGGGACCCCAGGGGCCAUCUGGGCUCCCUGGACAGAAAGGACUGCAAGGUGUGACAGGUAUUCCAGGGCCAAAAGGUGAAGAUGGCAUUCCUGGAUACCAUGGUCAGCCUGGGUCCAAAGGAGAUCCUGGCCUUCCGGGGCCACAGGGACCCAGAGGACACCCUGGCCCCCCAGGACCUGACGGUGUUCCAGGUCAAGUGGGUCUCCCCGGCCCCUCCUCCAUGGAUCACGGGUUUCUGGUAACCCGUCACAGCCAAACGGUGGAGGUUCCACACUGCCCUGAGGGAACCUCGCUCAUAUAUGAUGGCUACUCCUUGCUCUACGUACAAGGCAACGAACGUUCCCAUGGACAGGACUUAGGUACGGCAGGCAGCUGUCUAAGAAAGUUCAGCCCCAUGCCCUUCCUCUUCUGUAACAUUAACAACCGUGUAAAUUUGCCCCCCGAAAUUUACUACCCCUACGGUCACCUCCCCGGAGCCCAUCCCCGGGACCUGGCCCCCAUCACGGGUAAAGGGCAUCAAACCCUUUUAUCACGCCAGGCUACCAGAUACCCAGCCCAAUCUCCGAAACCUCCCCCUUACACCAUCCUCUAUACCAAUGUCCACACACCCAUACACACCAGUGCUGGUGCGGAAGGAUCAGGCCAGGCUCUGGCCUCUCCUGGUUCCUGCCUGGAGGAAUUCCGCAGUGCUCCAUUCAUCGAGUGUCACGGUCGUGGAACCUGCAACUACUAUGCCAACUCCUACAGCUUUUGGCUCGCCACCAUUGAAGACAAUGAGAUGUUUACGAAACCUGUCCCCACAACGCUAAAAGCAGGCAGUCUCCGAACACACAUAAGUCGCUGUCAGGUGUGCAUGAAGAGAACAUAAACCAUAACACCAGAGUCCUCCUUCCCAACCUGCAAGCAAAACCACGUCCGCUGACGUCCUUGACUUGGCUUAACGUGCUGUUUUCACGAUGGUGCUAUUUCCCUGCAUGAGUGAGUGCACAGGGACAGAGAUGUGGUUUGCAAACAGCCGGAGAUUGAACAUUACAAACCAGAACACAGAGACCAAGUGGCCUUUGCUCCAUGCAGUACACAACAUGAUCACAACAUGUCUCUAAAGAAUUGCACCCGGUUUACCACUGCACUGAGUUUAUGCCCCCUAAACUGGUAAACUGGUGUUAAUUUUAUGUGAGUCAGGUGCUAGUCAAUUUUACUUAUCUGCCUUAUUCCAUUUUGUUUUUUCCCCUCCCUACCAGUGCCACAGCAUUCAAAGAUUAUAGCCACAUAUUAUUAUAAAUUUUAACUUGUUUAACAUACUAAUGUAAAGGAUUGGACUUACCACUGGUUACAGACGCUUGCCAUUUGCUAAAUCACUGUAAUGUUGCCAACACAGAUAUAUAACUGUCACUCUGUUGUACAUAUAAUGCAUUCCUCUCUAGCAUACUUCAACAUACUAUCCUCAGGUUAUUAUUGAAAUACUUUUUGUGUUAUUAAGUCCAUUUUUAUUUAUAAGAUUUAUGAGAAUAUGUUGGACUUGAGUGUAUCGGAGAUUCCAUUGAUCUAAAAACAAUAUUUCAACAUCUGACAAUCAGCGUCUUAUUAACAUACAAAACAGCACUGAAAGAGCAUUGACGUGUGUGUGUAUUUGUGUGAGUGUACAUAUCUGAAUGGAUUCGAGCUGCUUGGAAGUGCUUUUCAUGAUGUCUGCAUAUAUGUUGUUGAACAACCCUGUUGUUGACAUAAUCCCAGACAGAUGCACAAAGUGAAAUAGACAAAAAAACCUUUUCUUUACUUUUACUUUGUCAGAAAAUUGUGUUUGGAAGCGUGUGUGUUAAAAGAUUUACUCUUCUCACAUUACAUAAAUCAAAUGUUUCUGAUCCCAAAGAAAUGCACAUGUAUAUAUACAGUACUUACACAUGAUAUGUACUUUCUAUUUUGCUCAUGUAUUUGACUGUUCCCAUUUGUGAAUUGCUUUUGUUACACCUGUUGGUUUAACGCAAAACUAAGAGUGAAGAUUCAUCACAUCAUUUUAUGCAUUAGAGUAAAACACGGACAGAUGACGAGGACUGUAUUUAUAACUGUGGCCUCUUGGACCCCAAACAUAGUUUCUAUGUCCCUUUUCAGAGCUUUAUAGAUUAGAGAUUUAAAAUGCAUGCAGCAGUUACUCUACACUGACUGUAACCAGUUUUUGUUAGUCUUGUGUGCUUGGUUGUGAUGAAAUGCUCCAUGAAGUACAAUUCAGUAGUAGUCACUUGAUUACAGUGAGGAUAAUCUUAAAUAAAUAAACAAACA